AUGCUAAGAUUUGUCAACCGGUGUGUUUUGAAGCCGUAUGUUAGGUUCAAUUCGACAAGUGUUAUAUACAACAACAACACUCAUGAAGACUACAGGUUACGCUCUGCUUUGGAGAAAAUAACGAUCAAAUUGGCCUCUUAUCCGUUGCCGCAAACAACCUUGAACGAUCUGCUAAGGUUCAACAGCAAGGUGAUCACUAAAGACACAGACCAGAUGAUUUUGGAUAAUGCUAACGAUACGCUUAAGGAUAUGCUCGCCUUGACGGCGAAAAGGAUAAGGGAACUGCGUUCUUUGCCGUACAUCUGCGUUCUUAAUGCAAACAUUGGAACUAUAUAUGACACAUACUUAGAAUCAUUGCAAUUGCUGCUGAAAUUCAUAUCAGAUAUUGAUGAAGACAUAAAGUUAGAAAGUAUUCAAGACUUCACAAUCAAGGACACAGCCCAUAAUGUCCAGUUCAAUAAAACUUUAACCCAGAUCACCGACUUGCAUGCAGAUAACUUGGAGAUUCUUUCCAAAGGUUUUGAGGAAAUUGCCCAUUUGAGAGUCUUAAAGGAUGACCGUGAUUUUUUGGAUAGCCAUUUGAAGGAAAGAAUAUUAAUGAGACUCAUAUGCAAUCACCAUGUUGCAUUAAGUGAGCAGUUGAUCAGUAAUGAGAAAUCUGAUUUGAUCGGCGUAGUCGAAAAAAAUCUUGAUGUCAUUGAAAUUGUCAAUAGAAGUUUUGAAUUCGUUAAUGAUAUGUGUUUACUAAAGUAUGAUGAAAAAAUCUCUAUGGAGAUUGAUACUGUCAUUCUUCAAGAUGAUAUCAGGAUUGAAUCCCACAACAAUGACCAUGUCAAUUCCUCACCAAUUCAUUUCCCUUACAUCUCUUCACACUUACAAUAUAUUAUUACAGAAUUGCUGAAGAACAGUGCCAGGGCUCAUAUUGAAAAUCACGUAACAAAACCAAUCAAUGUCACUAUUGUUGCCAAUAAGCCGUAUGUUUGCAAUACCGUAGGUGACUGUCAUGUUUCGAACUACCUUGAGAUUCGAAUUAGAGAUCUGGGCAAAGGUAUUACACCAGAAGUGUUUGACAAGAUUUUCCAAUACUCAUAUACAACGUUUGUAGCAAAUGAGGGUGAAGCCUACAAAACAUUGAACAAUUCCGGCCCUAAUGCUAACGUUAUAAGUGGUAUGGGAUAUGGAAUGCCUUUGAGUAAAAUUUAUGUGGAAUUAUUCGGAGGAGAUAUAAAUGUCCAGACUUAUUUAGGUUGGGGUACAGAUGUUUACGUCAAGUUGACUGGUCCAGAUAUGGAUUUAGUUACAUGA